CAUGUCCUGCUGCCCCCAGAGGGCUUCUGGUUGGUUAGGGACAUUCAAGAGAUGCCAGUCACUCCAAGAACCUAUUUAAGCCUUGCCAGGUGACCCUGCUAGCACCUCGCCACCUGGACAACUGCCUGUGGGACAGGGCUGGGGUAUGGGACACCCUCCACCACGUGUCUCAUGCCAGUUCCAAUCCUACCAGUCAAGCCAGUCCUCCCCCAGGCACUAACACCUGGGCAGCAAGGGUUCUUGAUAGUGAAAUGAACCAGGACAGGGGACUAGAUGGAUCUGCCCUGGGACAGCCCUUGGGAGUUCCCAUGUAAAGAUGUGGGCUAGAGUAUGAAGCUGAGCAUGCAGUGUGCAUGUGUGUGCAUGCAAUGGGGGCAGGGCUCACAAGAGGCCAGUGCGGGUUUCCCAGAAGACUUCCCGGAAGAGGGGAGUUCUGGUCAGCAGGGAGAGGAAGGCACAGGCUCUACAGACCAAGAGAGGCAGGCUGAAGUGAGACCCAGGUGUCCCUGUGAGAGCCUAUGCCACUGGCCACCCCUUCCCCCACCCCUACCCCCCCACGAUCCUCCCUGCGGCUCCCUGUGGCCAGCAGCUCUGCAGCACUCGGCUCUGCUCCACUCUGCUUCGCUCCGCUCCGCUCCAGGAAGGCCACCUCCUCCCUGCCCUCCUCCACCCUCCUCCUGCUGUCACCACUCACCGCUCAUAGCCUUGAAGGGGUGGGGACCCCAGGCCUGGACACACCCCACUGUGGCCCCAGAGCCUAGCUGGUCGGACGGACGCACGGUUGGACGCAGGACCCCGGAGCCCUGAGGUGGGCAGUGUGCCAGGGUCCCUCACAGCCUCCUCAAGCGCCACCCAGGCUAUGGGCAUCAAGACAGCGUUGCCUGCGGCGGAGCUGGGCUUAUACUCCCUGGUGCUGAGUGGGGCUCUGGCCUAUGCUGGUCGGGGCCUCCUUGAAGCUUCACAAGAUGGGGCCCACCGGAAGGCCUUCCGGGAGUCUGUGCGACCUGGCUGGGAAUACAUUGGCCGGAAGAUGGAUGUGGCUGACUUCGAGUGGGUGAUGUGGUUCACCUCCUUCCGCAACGUCAUCGUCUUCGCCCUCUCUGGACACGUGCUAUUUGCUAAACUCUGCACGAUGGUUGCCCCCCAGCUCCGUUCCUGGAUGUAUGCCGUGUAUGGGGCCCUGGCUGUGCUGGGCACAAUGGGCCCUUGGUACCUGCUGCUACUGCUUGGCCACUGUGUCAGCCUCUACUUGGCCUCACUCUUGGGCCAGCCCUGGCUCUGUCUUGGCCUCAGCCUGGCCAGCCUCGCCUCCUUCAAGCUGGAUCCCCUAAUCUCCUGGCAGAGCGGGUUGGUAACAGGCACUUUUGAUCUUCAAGAGGUGCUGUUUCACGGGGGCAGUGGUUUCACGGUACUGCGUUGUGCCAGCUUCGCGCUGGAGAGCUGUGCCCACCCUGACCGCCACUAUUCCCUAGCUGACCUGCUCAAGUACAACUUCUACCUGCCUUUCUUCUUCUUUGGGCCCAUCAUGACCUUUGAUCGCUUCCACGCCCAGACACUUCGCAUCUCCCAGAUGAGCCAGGUGGAGCCAGUGAGGCGUGAGGGUGAGCUGUGGCGCAUCCGGGCCCAGGCCGGCCUCAGCGUCGUGGCCAUCAUGGCCGUGGACAUCUUCUUCCACUUCUUCUACAUCCUCACCAUCCCCAGUGACCUCAAGUUUGCCAACCGCCUCCCGGACAGUGCCCUCGCUGGCUUGGCCUACUCAAACCUGGUGUACGACUGGGUGAAGGCUGCCGUCCUCUUCGGCGUGGUCAACACCGUGGCGCGCCUUGACCACUUGGACCCGCCUCAGGCUCCCAAGUGCAUCACAGCGCUCUAUGUCUUCGCUGAAACGCACUUUGACCGUGGCAUCAACGACUGGCUUUGCAAGUACGUGUAUGACCACAUUGGUGGGGAGCACUCCGAGGUGAUCCCAGAGCUGGGGGCCACUGUGGCCACAUUUGCCAUCACUACUCUGUGGCUUGGACCUUGUGAUAUCGUUUACCUAUGGUCAUUCCUGAACUGCUUUGGCCUCAACUUUGAGCUCUGGGCGCAGAAGCUGGCAGAGUGGGGGCCUCUAGCACAGAUUGAGGCUUCUCUGUCGGAGCAGAUGUCUCGCAGGGUCCGAGCUCUCUUUGGGGCCGUGAACUUCUGGACCAUCAUCAUGUACAACCUUGUAAGCCUGAACAGCCUUGAGUUCACAGAGCUGGUCGCCAGGCGCCUGCUACUCACAGGCUUCCCCCAGACUACUCUGGCCGUCCUAUUCGUCACCUACUGUGGUGUCCAGCUGGUGAAGGAACGAGAGCGAACCCUAGCACUAGAAGAGGAGCAGAUGCAGGACAAAGAGAAGCCGGAGUAGCUGGGAGGAGUAAGAGGGAAGAGGAAUGGGCACUGCUCAGCUACUCCCGGGUCCGGCCCAGGCCAGGUCGGAGGGGGCCUGACCACUAGAAUAAAAAACUUUUCUACCACA